CUGUCUAAAGCGACAGCCUCUCAAAAACAUUAAAAGGAAUUGCGCUUCGAGAGGGCAUUUUGAGAGAGCUUCAAUCAAAGCAUCGGCUCAUGGUAGAAAUGCUACCAGUUCUCGUCUUGUUGUUUGUGGUGCUCGCUUAGACUUAAUUUUUCGUCCUCUUCCUGGUGAAAAGGAGAAGAAGAAGAGGAAAGGAAAAGACUUAAAAUGUUUCUGGUGGUAUUUACGCGUUUUGGACAUCUACACCAUGACGUUGGAGUGCUAUUUUUAAUUAUCUCGAGUCAAUUCGUGAUUUCGUUUACAACCUCGUCAACGUCCUCUCCGAAAACCACAAACACUGCAGAGAUUUUAUCCAGAAAAACGACCAGACAUGCCUCCAGCGCCCAACAAAGCCAACCAGCAAACAAUUCACAAAUAUUUAGUUCAACGACGACAAUUUUUCUGACAACAGCGACAGAAAAUCAGAGUUCCGUGAGUGAAAGUUUAGUCAAGAGACGUCGAUGUUCCCGUGAACGUAACGAGGACUGUCCUAAAUUUGUCGAUAGAUAUUCGUCAUUUUAUCUGAAGAUUGGAGGCUGGUUAAUGCUGGGUAUCGUUUUGGCGGGAAUCACGGCGCUCGGUGUCACGCACUUCUUGGGGAUGAGAACAAUGCACAGACCAAGGAGAAGAGAACUGUCACGCAUUUUGUGGGUUGAAGCUCGUACAAAGUCUAAACUGGCCAGAUUUGUUUGACAGAAGUAUCUGGCAUCGUGCAAAAAAUUAAUUAAGACAAAUUGCCCAGUCCAUCCGAAAGCCUGAGAUGCAGACAUUAAAGAGAAAGAGCUACCGGUUGUUACCAUUGUAACUCCAUACAAGUGGACAAUAGUCCUUUUUACAGUUGUGGGCUUGGUGGUCAAGCCUUUGAACAGAAGUGAGGCUAAGGGUGACCCU